GUCGCGCGCAUCCGUCCCGCUGCGCCUCCAGGUGACAUCACGCGCCGUGUGGAGAUGGCGAAGAGCUCAUCCAGACGCUCCCUGAAAAGUUUCUUCUCCAGGAGCGAAGUCAGCCUGGACAAAGCCGUGGAAAAGGACGAGCAUGACGGAGAGAAGAGGAAGUUUAAAUUCUUGAAGUUGAAAAAAAAGACCAAGAAUGACGUCGUCGCAGUGACGGCGGCCAGUGAGAUCCAGGAAUCGGUCAGUGCUGCUGAGCCCAGUGACACUUCUAAGGAUGCAGAGGCCUGGGAUAAAGAUAUUACAUCAGACAACAGGAGUUCUAUCUAUGGCACCACAUCAAGGUCAAAGGGAAAAGAAUUCAGCUACUCGGAGAUGGAUCUCCGUAAACCAAAGAGGUUUGCCACCUUCACCUUUGGUCUGAGAAGGAGUAAGAAGAAUGAUAAAGCAAGUGUCUCCAAGAGCACUUAUGGCCUUCACAGUGCUGGGAUUGAAGAGCAAAAGGAGACUCCUCCGAUAGAAUUGGAUCAGGCCAAGACGAUUUUCAGCCUGUCUCAACCAGAGCUUGACACCAUCGAUACAUUUGACGUCCCCUCUCCUCGCCCUGUAGCCACAUUUGACGUCCCCUCUCCUCCCCCUGUAGCCACAUUUGACGUCCCCUCUCCUCCCCCUGUAGCCACAUUUGACGUCCCCUCUCCUCCCCCUGUAGCCACAUUUGACGUCCCCUCUCCUCCCCCUGUAGCCACAUUUGACGUCCCCUCUCCUCCCCCUGUAGCCACAUUUGACGUCCCCUGUCCUCCCCCUGUAGCCACAUUUGACGUCCCCUCUCCUCCCCCUGUAGCCACAGGUCUAUCAGGGUCACAUGUUACUUGCCCUAUCAAAGCGCAGCCCCCUGUCGCCCCAAGCGUCCGUCCAGAGGAGCGUCCGACCGCUGUCUCCCGUACGUUCGACGUACACGUGGAGCCGCAGAAAGCACCGGUUGCCUUCAUCCCUGAGCUGAAGCUUCGUAACCUGGACUCGCCAGAGGAGAAACCGGAUUAUAGCUCCACUCCGUCAGCUCCAACAGAACCCCGCCCCGCUGUGGACAACCAGACGGCACCCAGCCUUCCAGCUAGCCCGCAAACAACCGCGCUUGAGCCCCCGGACCCUGAGGCAGCACUGGUUAACCCCGCCGCCACAACCAACGGCCCGUUUGAAAACCACCUUCUCCAGCAGUCUCACACAAACGCAGGAAUCUCUCUCACUGAAUCUACCACAGUCCCGUUGUCACAUCGCCGACCCGACAGCCCCGACCCAGCUGGCGGUAUGAGUCCGAGUGGUGAACGGUGUCUGGCAAGAGCAGACUCCAAAAUUGACACCGCGGUGACACAGCCGACCCGUCUUCCUCACGCCGACUACCCUGCUCCUCCUGACCCGGACUCUGCACGCACCCGUCAGGAAGACCCAACUCCUAGUGCGGAGAGGUCCGCUCCACUGACCCAAACCGCUGCCGUUGGCGCUUCGCCUGUCAGACCGGAAGCCGUGUAUGGCGCGUUGUACGCGUCGCUUUUCCCUCAGGGCUUUAGCUCGGGCCUAGUGCCGUCCCUCUCAAACCCACCGCCUCAGAUCAUGACCGGGAUGAGGCCUCUGACAAACGAAACGGAACCGUUCAUGGUUAAAACCCUUAAUGAUUGUCAAACUAAUGUUGACUUUGACUCUGCUUCUCGCAGAGUGGAUGAUGCUGUUGCUGGUUAUACUAACGUUAAAACCACCUUCAGCGAGGGAAAGGGGAUUUAUUCUAGCCAGAGUUCCGGAUUAAGCUCUUACCAAACAUCUAGUGCUUAUGAGACCCAAAGAGACCCGGGUGAUUACAGUAGAUGUCUACCUUCCUCUCUAAACACAGGUUCUGAACCAGCUGAUACUAGCUCCCUUUCGGAGGUGAAAUCGGACAAUGCAUGGUCAGUCCUCGCGGUUCAGCGCUCUACCCCUCCCGCCUCCGACUAUGGAACAAUCCAAGGGGGAGACGCUCGGGUUACUCACUCCAAACGGAGAGCGAUCCUCAUCAAAGAGUUGGUCACAGACGAGGCGAGCGCCGAGCCCGUCUCUCCCUCUCCCAUGCCGGAAAAAAUGAGCGCAGCAAGGCGCCUCGAGGUCAGGAUCGAAACAAGUGAGACCUAUUUUACUACUUCGGGGCAGACCGAUGGGUCAGAAGGGUUCUUAAGUCCAGCAUAUUUGAGCGUUGGAUCGGAAGAGGGCAGCGCGGGGGAGGUCUACUACAGCGCGGAGGAGGACAACGGAAUGGAUGAGGACGGCUCACCGGAUGAAAGGGCGGAAAGACGCGGGGCAGACGGGGGGAAAGAGGCCGCCCGGCGUGAGGAGUUACCACAGCAGGGACCGAUUGCAGAUAGACGGGUGGAAAAGAGAGAAGAUGGAGAAUUUCAAGAGGUUACAGUAAAAAUGCCAAAUGAGGGAGUCGCACUGGCCAGUAAAGAAGAGAAAGAGGAUGCCUAUAGCCAAUUAGAAAUUGAGGAAAAACUUGGAGGUUGGAGUUCAGAGACUCUGGUGCAGCACAUUAAAACAACAGAGUUUGUUGUUGGCAGUGAUGCAGAGAGUCGGGAGAAAGAAGUAGCAGCCCCGGUGUUGCCACAGGUGAGGGAUGAGGGGGAGUUACCUGCACCACCGGUUCAGCAGGUGGACACGCCGAUGGCAUGCGACUUUGCUCCACCCUGCAGUGAGCGGGAGGAGGGGUCGGGGGGAAACCCGACCGGGGAGCUGGAAGCGGUAGACCACCCUGAUGGCGAAACGCAACUCCCGAUCCAGGAGAUCCCCUGCCGGGGUCACAGAACCCCCCUGAGCCCUGAGUGCACAAACGUCGCCGCGUGCAGCACACCCGGGUCAGGUGACGCAGAGGAGCGAGUUCCACUGACUGCAGUCGCAGCUCAGACAGGCCAAGUGAGCAAAGAAGCCUAUAAAACUGGCAGCAACACCCCGGUUCGUGCAGUCACAGAUACCUCUGCUGGAGGAGAGCCAGAUGCCACAGGGCUUGAUCGUGAUAGUGGCACGCUGAGUCGCGAGUGGGUGGAUACGAUUACUCAGAGCGCAGGCAGGCUCACAGCGGCGCGGGAACAGGUGACAGUCCAUGCUGACGCUCGCCGUCCUGAUUCGGAGGCGUCGGGGACGCCGUCAGCGAGACGUCCGUCAGAAGAGCAACCCGACCCGACUCCGAGGUCUCUGACAGCAUCAACUACGCCCAGAGCAGAUCCAGAAUUCUUAAAUCCGCCUCUUAAAGUGGAGAUGGAAUCGGUUGAUGAAAUGACUUCAGGCUACAGCAGAAUAAGCACCAAUCGGUACAUUAAGGAUUCCUCUCCCCCCAAAGAGGAUGAAUCCCAGUCUCGUUUCCGGAAAGGAUCUCCGAUCAAUGAGGCCGAUGCCAGCGAGGUCAGCCGAGACAUGGCGGACCGAGAUAGCUUCACUGUCAGUGAUUCAAGUGACACAGUGAUCGGCUCCGAGUACAGAUGGAGAAACCGAUUUGAGGGUCUUUUUCCGUUUACAGAAAAAAGUGAGGGUUCCUCCUUCUCUGAUUCUCUGAGUUACAGAAUGUCUGACACCUACUCGACCUCCUCCUCCUCCUCUACUCUACUCGAUUCUACAGUAUACAAACACCUCAGCAACUCCUCUUCCUAUCCAGAGGAACAGGUUACCAUUGGCAACGGGCUGAAUGCCAUGACCAUGACUUCACUGAGCCGUGACAUCGAGUCUGCGGGAGCGCCAUCAUAUGAAUGGAGGAGGAGUUUUGGUGAGCAGGUGGAGUCUGCUGCUCCUGCAAGUGACAGAGAGGCAGAGGCAGAGAGGUUUAAGUCUCGCUGGGACUCACAACAGCUCCCUGCUUCCAGCAUCUCCUCAGCCCGCGGCUACGACACCUUCGACACCUUCGACAACUUUAAAGACGACGACGACAUCUCCCGCUUUACUGGAGUGUUCAAGGCCACACUUGUGGAGCUGGUCUCCGAGCCUGCAGCACCCCCCUCCACUCCCCCAGCCUCCCCCGAGGAAGACUGCUCCAACCAGUUUGACAUGGACAACCUGGUGGACACGCUGAAGAGCAUGGGACCCUCCCAAAGGCCCAGGAACGGCAGCCUGCGCGGGGCCCCCGCCGGGCUGGUCUCUUCCCUGCCACCGAUAGUGGAGGAUGCUUCGAGCCCCAUCACCCCCGACGUCCCCGCCUGCCUCACCAGUCCCACAAAAAGGACGGGAGCAAUGGGCAACCCUCCGGAUUCCCUCAAAGGACUUUACACUCUGCCCAGUGACCUGGGACUGGGGAGGAACUCCUCCAGAGACACUCGGUCCCCCCUGGAACUGAUGAGCCAGCAGGUCCAGCAGUCCCCCGGAACAAGAGGCCUGACCUUGCCGCUGAGAUCCUCAAAUAGUUUAAUAAUGACAAAAUUGUCUGACUCCUCUUCUGAGGAAUUAAAAUCCCCAGUGCUGAAUGGGAAUGGAUUUAUCCCCAGCUCCCGCCUGGACAAAAGCAUCAUCUUUGGAAGCCACAAGUCGACCUCCGCGGAUCAGACUAAUGAAAAUGGAAAGACCCAUCGCCCGCUCUACCGCACCAGCUCUCUGCCCGAUAAGGGUCCCUCAUACGAUCACCUGAGUCUGGGACCGAAGGAGCUUGGUGAUGCUGGAGCUGCCACAGAACCAGCGGCGUCCCGCUUUACGCGUCUGUCCUUCCUUUCGAAUUCGUCUUCCUCCCAACCGGGCUCCUUGACCGGACCUGAAAGCCCCAACGCUGUGAUGAGUCUGCCCCCACUGCGGGCCGUCGGCUCGCCGCCAUCCGGCAACACUCCCAACCGCCUCCUCAGCCCCACCGGCUCCAUAGACCUCCAGAGGCCCCUCACCACCGUAGACUCCGCCUUCACUAUGUUUGGCCAGACGCAGGGGACGGGGAUGGGGACGGGGACGGGGAUGGGGACUGGCACCGGGGCACUGAGCUCUCCCGUUCUGCUGAGGGGCUCCAGUAUUGAGGGAAACGCGGGGAUCCAGCAGACGCCGCUGUUCAACAGAGGCCAUGGAGAAUCUCAGUUCCAGACCCAAGCAGCUGAGCCUGAGAGGAAUUCUGUAUCAAAAUACAGAGCCUUCCCUGAUGCUUAUCUCACCAAAGAGAAGGAGCAUGGGAAGCUCAAUCCUCGUCCUGGAAAGAUGUAUAUCUUUGACCAGCCAGGGAUGUACGGCCAGAGGAUCGAGGUGCGCAGCGAUGUCAUCGAUGCUACGCCCUGGGAGCUGCAGGAGACCAUCUCCAUCAGGGUCGUCAGAGGAGGAUGGGUGCUGUAUGAGAAGCCUAACUUCAAAGGGGAGAAGAUCGCCCUGGAUGAGGGAGACAUAGAGAUCACCUACCCGUUCAGUCCAGAGGAGCAGCAGGAGAACGGAGAGCAGAGCGGGGAGUCGAGUGAUGAGCAGAGCAAACCUGCCAGGAGGUUCAUCAUCGGAUCUCUGCGACGAGCUGUCAGGGACUACAGUGUCCCAGAAAUCCGUCUUUUCCCCGAGGAGAACGCAGAGGGGAAGAAGGUCAUUUUCAGAGACACGUCGGAAGAUUCCAGGAUUUUUGGCUUCCCCAUCAAGGCAAACUCUAUCAUCAUCAAUGCUGGGCUGUGGCUUGUGUACGCACAUCCCUUCUUCCAGGGCCUUCCACGUGUCCUGGAGGUGGGGGGGUACUCCAACCCUGUAGCUUGGGGAGUGGAACAGCCCUAUGUGGGAUCCCUACAUCCACUCAAAGUAGGUGAACCAAGAGUGGAGAAUAUGAGUCAGCCAAAGUUGGAGAUCUACGACAAGCCGUACUUCACUGGGAAAUCGAGGACCAUAACCACCAACAUGAGGGACUUUGUGACCAGAGUAGACCGCCAGCAGACGACCUUCAUAAGCAGCGCCGGCUCCAUCAAAGUGCACGGAGGAAUAUGGGUGGGCUACGAGAAGGAGGGCUUCCGUGGCCACCAGUACCUGCUGGAGGAGGGAGAGUAUCAUGACUGGAGGGUGUGGGGAGGCCAAGACGCUGAGCUGCGCUCCGUCAGGGUGAUACGGGCGGACCUGACGGACCCCAUGAUUGUGCUGUUUGAGCAGCCGGAGGAGGAGCCGGAGGGCGCGCCGGAGGAGAACACCUUCGAGGUGACGGAGGCCAUUGCUGACGUCGAGCUGUUUGAGUACAAAACCUCCACGCGCUCCAUCAACGUGCUCAGCGGGGCAUGGGUGGCCUACUCCCAUGUGGACUUCUCUGGUAACCAGUACAUCUUGGAGAAAGGCGUCUACAACAACUGUGCCGACUGGGGCUCUCAGGACAGCCGCAUCUGCUCAUUGCAGCCCAUCCUCCAGGCCCCAAGUGACACCUCAAGGAACUCUGCUGAGAUAAUACUGUAUUCUGAGCCGGACUUCCAGGGGGAGUGUCACGUCUUCAAACUCAACCAGGAAGCAUUAAGCGAAAAUGUACCGACCAAGUCCUGCAGAGUGUCGGGGGGAAGCUGGGUGCUCUACGAGAGUAAACAGUACUCUGGGAACUCGUACGUCUUAUCUGAAGGAGACUACCCCAGCUUAACGAGCAUGGGGUGUCCGCCUGGCUGCACCCUGAGCUCUGUCAAGGUCGUGCCAAUGAUGCUCUCGGUUCCCUCCAUCUCCCUUUUUGGCCUCGAGUGUCUGGAGGGCAGAGAGAUCGACAUCGACACAGAGGUCCCCAGCAUGGUGGAGGAGGGCUUCAACAAUCACAUCCUGUCCGUCAGAGUCAACAGCGGCUGCUGGGUGAUCUGUGAACACAGCAACUACAGGGGGCGCCAAUUCCUCCUGGAACCAAUUGAAAUCACCAACUGGCCGAAGUUCAGCUCAAUACAGUCUAUUGGCUCAAUGUUCCCGGUCCGACAGAAGCGCCGCUUUCUACGCAUCAAGAACCGGGAGAGGGGUCACUUCCUCUCUGUCCAGGGUGGCGUGGAAGAGAUGAAAUCAGGACGAGUGGUGGUGACACCGGAGGUGGAGCCCAUGAGUGACAUCUGGUUCUAUCAGGAUGGCCUCAUCAAGAGUAAGUUGUCUCCAACCAUGAGCCUUCAGGUGAUGGGCAACAUAGAGCAGGCGGCCAAAGUGGUUUUAUGGACAGAGACGCGGCAGCCUGUCCAGACCUGGGCGGCUCAGAUGAGAGGACUCGUCAGCAGCCUCACUUUUCCUGGCUGCGUCCUCGAUGUCAAAGGUGGCAAAUCUUAUGACAAGGACCACGUGGUGAUCAUGCCAGAGAAUGAGGAGAGGCCAAGCCAACAGUGGGAGAUAGAGCUGCUGUAGGCUGCUCUAACAUUUUCCUCCUCAUUAUAAAGGAUCUUUUCUAUAUGCAAGGACCACAAAACAGAACCCUGUCAGUG